CCAAAAGACUACGAACCUCCCUUUUUUAGAAGCUGCGAUGAAAAUGAAGCCAAGAACACAUGGACCAAAAAUCCUUUAAGAAUGGCAGUUGGAAACGUCAACAGCAGGCAUUUGGUAUUAGCUCUCAAGGUGAAGAGCAUCCUUGAUCCUUGUGAGGAUGACAAUGAGGACCAUCAUGAGGACGAGGUGAACUUGGGAGCUGAUUCUGAUCAAAAUCAUUACUCAUCUUCUGAUAGUGAGAUCCACCCUUCUCUUGCUGACAAGUACUAUGUGGCUCCUGCCGCAGGUGAGAAAUUUACAGGUGAAGAUAAUGGAAUCAAUUCUGAUGCUGAUACUCAAGAUGCUGCACAUGAAGGUGAAUUGGUGAGUCAGGUGAAGGAAUGGAUUUAUUCUAGACAUAUCAGCACUUUUGAUCAUGCUGACAUUCUUUCCAAUUUUCCAGAUAUCUCAUUGGCCCUGACUGAAGUUAUUGUGGAGAAGUUGCUAAAAGAAGGACUUUUAUGUAAGACUGGCAAGGAUUGUUACACCAUCAAAAGAGAAAAGGAUAUGUUUUCAAAAAAUGAUGAAGUGAAAGAAGAAGAAGAAGUGGAAAUGCAUGACACCCAAGAAAGGAUGAAUACCAAUGUUGAUGAGGACUACAUGUACAUGAAAGCUCUAUAUCAUGCUCUUCCAAUGAAAUACGUGACGGUAGGGAAGCUUCAACAAAAGCUGACUGGAGAAGCCAACCAGAACGCAAUAAGGAAAUUAAUGGACAGAAUGGUUCAGGAAGGCUAUAUUAAGAACACAGGAAAGAAACGGCUUGGGAAGCUUGUGGUUCAAUCUGAAGCCAGAUUCAAGAAGCUUGCCGAGGUCAAAGAAUUACUAGAUGGAAAACCGAUGGAAAUUGAAGUCAUCGACCGACCAUUCGAACUCAACCCCAAAGAUCUUCACCACAAUGAUCACAGCAUGAAGGAUGGCUCCACCUACGGUGGGCUGCACUCCAUUGGAUCAGAUCUCACUCGCACCCGAGGCCCCUCCGAAGCGCAUAAAAGUGAAUCAGUUCAAAGCGGGCAAACAGCUAAUCGAAAAGCACGAGAGCCGGUCAACACUCCCAUCAGUAGACAUGAGCCAAUUGCUUCUGUGGAGAGCGGAGUUAUGGGAGGCAAAAUCUGCAGCCCUCUUAAGGGCGAAGGCAGUCGCUCAACACAAGACAAAAGAUCUCGUAAAACAAGCAUGGUUAAGGAGUCGAUUCUUCAGCACCUAAAGCGUCUGAAGACUGAAGCACAGUGAUUGGUGAAGUACGAGUGCACUUUUGACUCGGAACAAUUUUUUCAUACUAAAAAAAGAAAAGUACAUGUGUUUGAAUUUCUGAUGGUAUAGCUAUUCAACUUCAGUCAAAGUAUAGUCUAACAAAUAGAAUUUGUACGACAAAAUGGACUCUAGCUAUCAUUUCCUUUUCUUAUCGAAAAGAAAAUUAGUAUUAUAUUUGGUUUA